ACACUGACUGACACACUCGCAAACCUCUUACCUUAAAACUCCGACCAAACUCCGACCAAACAUGCCCUUCACCCUUCUCUUUCCACCACCUUUCCCUUCACUUCUCCACCAUACCCCACCACCCCUCCACUUCAAACCCUUCAUAAGGUACCCCACCACCCUCACCACCCCCACCACCCUCAACCCCCUCUAUGCCAUUGGAGCUGAUGGUAAGUACUACCCCACCCCCUCAGAUGAUGACCCACCUGAAGCACCUGAAGAUUCAAUGCAUGGUGUUAACAAAUUCCAGCAAAUACAAAGACAAGCAGCUAAAGCAAGAAAAAAACAAGAAGAGCUUUUCAAGAAAGAACAGUCCAUUUUUGUAAAUGCAUUAGCUGAUGUUGAAGAUGCACCUGAUAAUCCUAAUGCCAAUGAUAAUGACAAUUCUGGGGAUGAUUUGUUUGGUGAAAUUGAUAAAGCUAUUGCCUUGAAAAGAAAAGAGUUUGUUAAACAAGGUCUUUUAAAGCCUAACCCCAAGAAAACAGGCUUAAGUGAGGUUGAGGUUGAGAAUGUUGAUGAAUUAGAACCUGAAGAAGUUGUUGAUUUAGAGGAGAUUAAUGAGCUUACUGGGCUGACUGAAAUUUCUGAAGGUGAAGAAAGUGAAGGAGAAAGGUCUGAUUUUGAGGUAAGUAGUGAUGAUAUGGUUGUUAAAGGUGAAUUUACUGAUUUAUCUUCAUUUGAUAUUGAUUUUGAUGAGUUUGGUAAAGCAAAACCAAGAAUUGUUGAACCUAAGUUUAGGAUGAGUUUAGCUGAGCUUUUAGAUGAGAGUAGGGUAGUGCCGGUGUCGGUGUAUGGAGAUUUAGAGGUGGAGAUUAGUGGUAUACAACACGAUUCGCGGUUGGUUGAGAGUGGUGAUUUGUUUGUGUGUUGUGUUGGGAGGAAAACCGAUGGACAUUUAUAUUUAUCUGAGGCUGAUAAGAGAGGGGCCGUUGCUGUUGUAGCUAGUAAAGAGAUUGAUAUUGAGGAAACUUUGGGGUGUAAAGCUUUAGUCAUCGUGGAGGAUACGAAUGCAGUGCUUGCAGUGUUAGCUGCUUCGUUUUAUAGGCAUCCGUCUAGAAGUAUGUCUGUGAUUGGGAUUACAGGAACUAAUGGAAAGACUACGACGUCUUACUUAAUAAAGGCAAUGUAUGGAGCAAUGGGGUUGAGAACAGGCAUGUUGAGUACAGUAGGGUAUUAUAUUUAUGGGGAUAACAAGUUAGAGUCCCCUCAUACAACCCCGGAUUCUGUUUUGGUUCAGAAACUAAUGGCAAAGAUGGUUCAUAAUGGGACUGAGGCUGUGGUAAUGGAGGCUUCUUCUCAUGGAUUAGCAUUAGGUCGGUGUGAUGAGGUUGAUUUUGACAUUGCAGUUUUUACUAACUUGACGCGGGAUCAUUUAGAUUUUCAUGGGAACGAGAAGGAGUAUAGGGAUGCUAAAGCUAAGCUGUUUGCUAGGAUGGUGGACCCCGCACGGCACCGUAAGAUUGUGAAUAUUGAUGACCCUAGUGCAGCUUUCUUUAUAGCACAAGGAAAUCCAGAUGUCCCUGUUGUGACUUUUGCAAUGGAGAAUAAGAAUGCUGAUGUUCAUCCCUUAAAGUUUCAAUUAUCUCUCUUUGAGACUCAAGUGUUGGUCAACACACCUCAAGGCAUAUUGGAGAUUUCGUCCGGGUUGCUUGGAAGGCAUAACAUCUAUAAUAUUCUUGCAGCUGUUGCUGUUGGGAUUGCGGUUGGGGCACCUUUGGAGGACAUUGUCAAAGGUAUUGAAGAGGUUGAUGCAGUCCCUGGUCGGUGUGAAUUGAUAGAUGAGGAACAGGCUUUCGGAGUAAUUGUAGACUAUGCGCAUACCCCUGAUGCUUUAUCUAGACUACUUGAUUACGUGAGAGAGCUUGGCCCUAGGAGGGUUAUAACAGUUUUUGGUUGUGCUGGAGAGAGCGACAGAGGGAAGAGACCCAUAAUGGCAAAGAUAGCAACAGAUAAAAGUGAUGUGACGAUUCUGACAUCCGACAAUCCAAAGACUGAGGAUCCUUUGGACAUCUUGGAUGAUAUGUUGGCUGGUGUAGGAUGGACUAUGCAGGACUACUUGAAACACGGAGAGAAUGAUUAUUACCCCCCUCUUUCUAAUGGCCACAGACUCUUCCUACAUGAUAUCAGACGUGUGGCUGUGCGCUGUGCCGUUGCCAUGGGUGAGGAAGGUGAUAUAGUUGUGGUUGCUGGAAAAGGCCAUGAGACAUACCAAAUAGAAGGUGAGAAGAAGGAGUUUUUUGAUGAUCGAGAGGAAUGUAGAGAAGCUUUACAGUAUGUUGAUGAACUUCACCAAGCUGGAAUUGACACAAGUGAAUUCCCAUGGCGGUUACCGGAGAGUCAUUGAUACGAUGCUGUAAAGUGUAUGUUAAGAUCUUAAAAGUGUGCUGACGGCAGAUAGCCAUGGUGGAGUGCCCAUUAAACUUGAAUCAACAUUAUUAACACUUUGCCGCCGUUACAUGUUGGUGAUUUUCUAGAGAAACGGCAACACAUCGCCCAAAGCAGAGUCCAGUUUUGUAAGAACCUGUAGCUUGAUUUUGAUAGGGAUCUCCAUAUCUAGACUGAGAUUCAUUAAGUGCUCCCACCCUUCAUCGAAUUAUGUUUGUAUAGAAAGUACAUAGAGAUAAAGAGCAAUUAUCAAGUUAAGAUGCUGUUCUGUUGUUUCAGAUUAGGAUUUCCUGUGAUAGUGGAAGAUCUUUCUUCAGCAACAGCUAUAUGAUCAAAAAGUGACACCCUUGUAUUAA